AUGAACAUAGGCUCUAGUCAGUACCCAACGGACGCCGCCAGCAUCGCGCAAGAGUGGAAAGUCAAGGCGUGGAGUAGCUGCGAAGCUCCACAUGCAAGCAGAAUUUUGCACAAGACUGGGAAAAAUGUCCUUUAUGAAGUAAUGGAGACCUCUCCCCAACUGGAUGUGGAUGUGAAGGUCAUGCUUCUCGUCCUCCGCUAA